UGGUCCUCAGAGUAAUCAGUCAUGGGACUCCUGCUCUCUAUAUUUAUUGGCUUUCUUGCCUCUCUGAUCGGAGGACUUUACCUUCUUGGGGUGUUUCGAAGGCGGCAGCCAGGAGAGCCCCCUUUGGAUAAGGGGCUCAUCCCAUGGCUGGGUCAUGUCUUGGAGUUUCGCAGGAACACACAGAAAUUCAUCGAGAGGAUGACGCAAAAGCAUGGCGAUGUAUUCACAGUACAGCUGGGAGGGUAUUAUAUCACAUUCCUUCAGGAUCCUCUAUCGUUUGGACCUUUGGUAAAAGAGAGCAAAGAAAAACUGGACUUUGUCGAGUAUGCAGGGGAUCUUGUACACAGAAUAUUUGGUUAUAAAGGUGAAGAGGAUGACCACCAUAAUCUCGUAGUCUACAGCAACAAGCAUCUCAAGGGAGAUGGCCUGAAGGUACUGACACAAGCUAUGAUGACUAAUUUACAGAAUCUGAUGUUGCACAGAAUCGAUGGAGCUGCAGACAACAGCACCUGGACAGAGGAUGAACUCUUUAUGUACAGCUACAAUAUUAUGUUUAGAGCCGGCUACUUGUCUCUGUUUGGCAAUACACCACCUGAGUCAGAAGGAAGUGAAGAGAGAUCGAAAGAGAAAGAUAGAGCUGAGUCAGAAGCCUUAUUCUCUGAGUUUCUUAAAUAUGACAAAUUUGUCCCUAACAUGGCCUACAGGGCGCUCACACCCAGCCAAACAUUGGAGGUAAAGAGGCUGCUGGAAGUUUUCUGGAAUGCUCUAUCAAUGCAGAAGAUGAGGCUCAAGGACAACAUCAGCCGUUGGAUAUGGGAUAUGCGGCAGAUCAGAAAUGAGAGGGGUAUGAAGGAGUCAAUGACUGACAGGCUCAUGUUCGUGCUUCUUUUUGCCUCUCAGGGCAACACAGGGCCCGCCUCCUUCUGGCUGCUCUUCUUUCUCAUGAAACACCCAGAGGCCAUGGCAGCAGUAAAGGAAGAAGUAGAUAGGGUUGUGAAGGAAUCAGGACAGGAAGUCCGACGUGGUGGUCCUUUAGUCGACCUGACCCACGAAAUGCUGAUGAAAACACCCAUCCUGGACAGUGCUCUGGAAGAGAGUCUCCGACUCAUUUCUGGAAAUCUCCUCAACAGAGCUGUGCUUCAGGAUAUGACUCUCAAACUGGCAGAUGGUCGUGAAUAUUUUGUACGCAAAGGUGACAUGGUGGUAAUGUUCCCUUACAGUGCAGUUCAAAUGCACCCAGAGAUCCACCCUGACCCAUGUUCAUUCAAAUAUGACCGCUUUCUCAAUCCAGACGGGAGCAAGAAAACAGAUUUCUACAUGCAGGGGAAGAAGGUGAAGUACUACAACAUGCCCUGGGGUGCUGGGUCCUCAAUGUGUCCUGGGCGUUUCUUUGCUGCCAAUGAAAUGAAGCAGCUUAUUUUCCUCAUGUUGCUCUACUUCGAGUUUGAGCUGAAGAACCGGUCCACUGAAAUUAACUUUAAGAGAUGGGGCUUUGGAGUCCUGCAGCCUGACAGAGAUGUUCCGUUUCGGUACAGAUUCAGAGAUUAAACCAACUCCUUGAUAACUGUGUGAUCAGCACCUAAUCGAUGUGAGUUUCGUACUUUUUAUGUUUUAACACAGGGAGCACGUGUCUGUAUUAAAACAUAAAAAGUUUGAUUAGAGCUGAGUGUGCAGUUUUACAUAAAACUAGAUACCAUUUACAAGGUUACAUUUUUGGAAACACUCUUUUUGUCACCCUUUCACAUGUGCUUUGUUUUAGGAAAAAGAAAAAUGUUCAUGUGCUGUCCUGUACCAUUGAAAUUAUUCUCAUCAUCAACUGAUGGGCAGUGUGAAAUACAAAAAGUUACCACCUGGAUUUAACUAAGCAAAUAGGUAAGGGGUUGCUGCAGUUGGUCAGGUCUAGGUUCAGCAACAUUAUGUGCCCAAAGAAUGAGGUCAGCUGACUACCUGAAUAUAAUGAAUGACCAGAUUAUUCCAUCAAUGCAUUUUUUUCUUCCCUGAUG